AUCAAAACCCAGAAGCUCGGCAUUUUGCGUCAAGUGCUACUUCACGUCAAUGAAAACAUAGAAACGUCAAGCAAAUCGGAAACAAACUGGGGCCUAGUUAUCGCGAAAUAAAAAUUUAAUUACAAUCUAAAAUGUCGGAAAAUGGGCUCCAAUAUGCGUAAAAAAACACAAGUAUCGUUCGUGAUCCGCGACGAGGAGGAAAGGCGGCAUAAAAAUGGCGUUAGUUCGCUGCAACUUGAUCCUAUACAAGGAAGGCUAUACUCCGCCGGGCGUGAUGGAAUUAUUCGUGUUUGGCACACGGGGACGGGAGUCCAGGACAGGUAUAUCCAGAGCAUGGAGCACCACACCGACUGGGUCAAUGAUAUAGUGCUAUGUUGUGGUGGGAAAAAUCUUAUUAGUGCAUCUUCUGAUACGACUGUCAAAGUUUGGAAUGCGCCGAAAGGCUUUUGCAUGUCGACACUCAGGACCCAUAAAGACUACGUACGUACUCUGGCAUAUGCUAAAGACAAGGAACAAGUCGCCAGCGCGGGCUUAGACCGCGCCAUAUUUCUAUGGGACGUGAACACUUUAACAGCUCUGACAGCUAGCAACAACACGGUUACUACUUCUAGUCUUGUUGGUAAUAAGGAAUCUAUAUACAGCCUCGCUAUGAACCCUCCAGGCACCAUACUCGUCAGUGGUUCCACAGAGAAAGUCCUCAGAGUUUGGGACCCCAGAAACUGUUCUAGACUAAUGAAACUUAAAGGACAUGCAGAUAAUGUUAAAGCUUUAGUAGUGAGCCGGGAUGGCUCACAGUGUGUCUCAGGCAGCUCUGACGGGACCAUCAAAUUAUGGUCUUUAUCACAGCAAAGAUGUGUGUCAACAAUUCGAGUCCAUUCAGAAGCAGUCUGGGCUCUACUUGCCACAGAAAACUUCACACACAUUAUAUCUGGAGGCAGAGACCGACUAGUCAUUAUAACCGAAUUGAGGAACCCUGAUAACUUCAUGAUUGUGUGUGAAGAAACCGCCCCAAUCCUGAAACUAUGCUUCACAGCUGACCAACAAGGAGUGUGGGUAUCAACCUCAGAAUCUGACAUACGAAGCUGGAAAUUGCCUCCGUUGAAUUCUUUAAGUUCUGAUAUGUAUAACCAAAAUAACUACAACACCAACAAUGUAUAUCAAACUCAACCGAUUCACCAUAUUCCUGGUGGACCGGCAAUCAAACACUACACAGUAUUAAAUGAUAAACGACACAUACUAACAAAAGACACAGCCAAUAACGUAGCAUUAUAUGAUGUACUAAAAGCAUGUAAAGUUGAAGAUUUAGGUGAAGUUGACUACGAUGAAGAAGUGAAGAAAAGAUUCAAAAUGAUUUUCGUUCCGAAUUGGUUUAACGUUGACUUGAAAACAGGGAUGUUAACGAUUCAUUUAGGACAAGAUGAGACUGACUGUUUAAGUGCAUGGGUGAGUGCGAAAGAGGCUGGAUUGACAACGGAAAAUGAUCAGAAAGUCAACUUUGGUGCUUUAUUGCUUCAAGCUUUGUUGGAGCACUGGAACCAUCCAAAUAGAGUCAACGAGUCGGGGCAGAAGGUUAUUGGGAAUAACUUCUUUAGUGUUCCAUUGCAUACACCACUGAUCUUCAGUGAAGUUGGUGGCAGGACACUUUAUAGGCUACAGGUUGGUGACGCAGGCGGCGAGACCGAGGGCAACCUGUUAAUGGAGACGGUACCCUCGUGGGUGGUAGACGUUGCCAUAGAGAUGGCCGCCCCCAAGCUCAACAAGCUGCCCUUCUAUCUACUCUCACAUUCCAGCUGCCAGAGCAAACAGGAUCGGCAGAAGAAGGACCGUCUGGUAGCGAACGACUUUAUCCAGUGCCGUAAGGUUGCAGAACAUGUGGUGGAGAAGAUUGUGGGUGGCGGGGAUGUGAACGGAGCCAGCGCGGGGACACGCUCCGAGGACAGCGGGGACAAGGUCGAGGAGCGGGUCGAGCUGCUGUGCCUGGACCAGGUACUAGACCCAAACAUGGACCUGCGGACGGUGAGGCACUUCAUUUGGAAGUCCAAUGUCGAGUUCACACUGCACUACAGAGUUCUCAAACAAUGAAACUUGAAGGCCCAAUUUGGGAAGUACUGCAGCUUUCGAUGUAUGUACCAGUGACUUAAAAACUGAACUGAACUCAAAUUCUGUGAAGAACUAAAACUGGGAAUAAAAUCAUGUUUAACCUAGGUGGCGCCACUAUCUUAUUUACAUUUACAUUAUAGUCGUCUUGUAGGCUCUGCACGCUAACCGCGCCGCGCGCGGCGCUAAUUAUAUCGAGGCCUUCGACCAAAAGCCGUUUGACGUCCAUCUACGCAGAUAGCAUUCGUAUCGUUUAUUGGUCGAAGCGCUCAAUAUAAUUCGGCGCGGUUGUCAUGCAGAUCCUGCUGUAGUAAAAAUCAGGUAAGCCCCUUUUUGAAAAAUCGUUGAUCAAAGCCUUGAUAUCCUUUAUUCCUUGGUAAAUAUUGAGAACACAUAUAUUAACUUGUUGAUUUGUUUACAAAAAUGACAUCUGAAUGCGAUUUUUCAAAAAGGCGCUUACGUGGUUUUCACUACAAGGCGACUAUAUAGGUUGACAAGGAUCUUGUGGCAGUUUGAUGACAUUGACAGGAGCUAGUGUGCACCGUCUCCAUACAUUCUCCAUUUAUAACACAUGGUACAAUAAAACAAGGUAAGGUCAAUCCUAUGAAAAGCCGCCAUUGCUAGCCGUUUGUUUUUUUUUUUGGAAAGGGUUUAACCACUCUGGCCUAGUAGAUUUUUAAGCCUAUGACGUAAGUGUUACCAUUAAAUUGGUAUCUCCAACAUUCCAACGACGUAAAUUUUAUUAUUGAAAAUUAACCGAAUUACUAUCACUUGUCACAUACAUAAAAAUCACUAAAACUGUAAGUAAAUCUUUUAGUAAAAGUUCAAAAUUGCCUUGCAAAGUGAAUUAGACGUGUGUAUUUUUUUUAAUGGCAAUGGUGGUAGAGAUGACGUCAGCGCGGCUAACCUUGAAAUGUUAGCUGUCACUUUUGAGCAUACCUUGCUUUAUUGUACCAUUAUUUACAACAAUUUUCAAUAAUGACGUUUCCAUAAAAUACCGCGUUAGUUCCCAUUAUGGCCACUUGCCAAAAGAUCCUUGUCGUUUUAUAAAGAUGAUGCUAUGAGCAAACGGAAUUACGAUGUCGUUUGUCAUCAAAUAAAAUAAAAGAAGUAUUACGUUAACAAACUUUAUCAGUGUUACUAAAUAACACAAACUAAGAAUAAACUAGGUUUGAAAUAGUAUUUCGCGGCACGAAACAAUUCGGCGGAUUUUAAUGAAACUAACUUAACAAGUCAUAAUAAUUCUAUGCAGAAUCUGCGACAGUAGCGCCGCGGCCUUCGGGACUUCUUUCGUAUACGGAUUAUAUUUUAAACAUAGUUUAUCUUUUAGUCUUUGUUUUGUAGUAACACUGUAUAAGUUUUUAUAUAAGACACAGAAGUUGAAAAGUAAAAGUGAAGUGUAAAAGAUUUUAUCUUCUAAAAAUGGUUGAAAUUGUUGCCCAAGUUAGCAAAGUGAGAUAUAAAGUACUAAGUUACCUAUUUUGCUUUGCUUUAGACUUUAGGGUCAAACCACAUUGUCGCACUUUUCUAUACUUCUAUCCUUUUCCGAUUUUCUGAACCGUCAUUUGCUAGAACGAGAGAGAGCGACCGCACACUGCAGAAUCGACGAAGCGAUAUCGCUCUUCUCGAAAUUAGAAUCAUUUAUUCAACGUAAUUAUCACGUAUAUACUUGUUGAAGGUCAAUGUAACAUUUUGAAUUUACGUCAUUUCACAAGGUGUUGAAGCCGAGGAGAAGAAAUGACAAGAAAGUGCAACAGCAACACAUUUUAAAUCAAUGAGGGUACAUUACAAGUUAUUUAAUAACUAGAGGAACACAUUUAAUACCAGACAUUUUUAUCAUUUAGCUAAUCAUUAAUCUUAUAAUAAGCUUUUUUACUUACUUUUAAACUUUUUAAAUCUUUGUUUAAACUGCUAAUUUAUUUUCUGCCAAAUUCAAAAUAUUAUCUGGUAUUUUAUUGUAAAACCGUAAAAACCCCAAAAAAGAUGAAUUAAAUUUUCUUAAUCUAGAGUUUUGAAUAACAAUUUUAUUCGCUCUGAAAAGUAUAGAAGCUUAGGAAAGUGCUAUGAGGUGAUUCCAGAAGUGGUUCAACUCUUAAUAAUCAACUAAUAGUGAUACUUAUAUACAUAGUUUUGUUCCGUUCCGAUUUCAUAGUUAUUUGAUUCAACAAAGUCAAGAAUAAUUCCACGUAAAUGCGUAUCGUAUCGUACCUACUUCAUGUAAUAGGUAAAUAGGUAGUAAUUUUGUUGUUAUAAAUUGGCAACAUUAUUAAAACUUCACAACACAAUCGUCCAAUCACAAAACACGAUUCAAUGUUGCCAACUUAAUAAAUUAAUAAAAUCGAAUGUGUUCUCAGACAUUAGUAUUCGAGGUAUUCUAGAUACCUAGAAAUUAUAAUGAAAUUAAUUAAUUGGCGCCACUAGUAAACGUAGUACAAGAUCGACUGUUCUAGAACAAAAUGGCGGAUAGAACUUGUAUUGUUCAAAGGCUGUAUUUAACUGUUUAACUUUGUGCCAGUUGUGUCUGUAUAAUGUAGCACAUACAACGAAUUAUGAUUCGUCUUUGUUCCUUACUGCAUUAUUAAUUGUCAACAUCUGUCUUAGACUACCAUACCAAUAGAUCGCUGCCGUCGAUCGAUAAUAUAAUAGGACAGUUGUCGUCAGCUAUUAGUUUAACACAAGAGGAGCUCGGUGGCGCAGCGGUUAACGCGCUCGGUCUGCGAUUGUUGAAGUAAAGCAACUUUCGUAAAGGCCGGUCAUAGGAUGGGUGACCACAAAAAAAAAGUUUUCAUCUCGAGCUCCUCCGUGCUUCGGAAGGCACGUUAAGCCGUUGGUCCCGGCUGCAUUAGCCGUCGUUAAUAACCAUCAAUCCGCACUGGGCCCGCAUGAUGGUUUAAGGCCCGAUCUCCCUACCCAUCCAUAGGGAAGGCCCAUGCCCCAGCAGUGGGGACGUUAAUGGGCUGAUGAUGAUGAUUAGUUUAACAAGUGACCAUCGACGUCGAUCGUUCGAUUCUAUUAUCGAUUGGCGCCAUCUAUCGAUAAUCGAUUGGUACCUGUCAUGCCGUUGACAACUUAUAACUUCUAGAACGCUUUCAUGUUAAAAGGGUAGUGUGAGCGGGAUAGAUACUGACAAUUGUAAUAAGAUUGCAAAAUGCGUGAGCGAGAUGACUAGUCUUCAUUCAGUGACGUUUAUAAUGUAUACUCUUGCCUAAAAUUUGUACACAUAUUGUGAAUGUUUGAUAUCAAUUAUAAUAGAAAGGUGCUUGGGGAUCGCUUGUAUAUGUAAAGUUUGUUGGUCUCUCGUUUAUGAAGGGAUUACUCGAUAGUAAUAGUAUUUUAUAUGAAUUCAAAAUAUAUAAAAAAUACACGAAUACGUUAUAUUCAUAUUGGCAAAAAAGAUUGUGUUCGAAAAGGAAAGAAAGAAAGAAACAUUUAUUAUUUUCGGACACCACAGACAUACACACACAGGUACACAGGACAGAAAAUAAAAAAGAACACUUAGAUUAAGAAUUAUUAGAAAAAAAAAAACAAAAAACUAAAAUCAUAAAAAUACUAAUAAUAACAGUAUUCAUAAAUGCAACGCACGACGGCCCGAUAACCAUGAAAAAAGGAUUUCUCUGCAACGGUGCUUAUAUCGGCAUAGGUAUGCAUUUUUUUUUUACUCUGGCAGCCCUAUAAUAAUACCGCCCCUCUCUUACGUACAAGAAUGAGGCAGGAUUAGUUUUAUAACUGUUAAAAGAAAUUAAAAGAAGUUUGCGACAAACAUACCUACUUUCAAUGACGGACUUUCCAAUGGACGUUCCCCGAACACACGAUAGAUGGCGUUGUUCACUUUUAACGUGAUAAUUACCUAUUUUCUCAUUGCUGGGGUACUUAUAUAAUUAUUCAAAAAUGUUAUGUAAGGCAGAAGCAUAUAUAAAACUAAUUGCUGCUUGAUAUUUGGAUCAUAUUAUGUAUAGAAUGAUGUUGCUUCUCUUUAUUUUGAUCAGAAUAAUAAUGGGUUGAAGUUGUAAUUGUACCUUGGUGUAAUAAAAAGUGUCAUCAUUUAUACCCAAAAGCAAAGAUAAAAGAUGUAUUAUGUCUGUUAUCCAUGAAAUUAGAAGUUUAAACAAAGAAAAACCUUAACAACGCCAUCUAUCGUGUUUUUGGGGAACGCCGUUUGAAAAGUCCCUUAUUUGGCGUAUGACAUUUCUACUGGUCGAGUAAUCUUUUCACGUAUAUAUCAACUUAAACAUUUUUUAUUUCACAAAUAUUGGCCCAUAAGUAAAGAUAAUCGAUACCAGUCCUGUAUUUAAAAAGAUGUUUAUAAAAUGUAUGUUUUCGCUUAGCUGAAAGCAAAGUUAUGAUCAAUAUUUUAAGUUUACGACGAAAAAUGGAAACGCCUCCUGGACUUGUGUAAAUAAAUAUUUAAACAAUGGUUUAAGCACGACUACUAUCAUACCGUCAUAAAUAUUCGCCAUCAUUAAACUCUAGUGAAAAUGGUGUCAAUUCGAGCGAGCACCAACUUAAUUUUAACGUAAUUCGACUUAAACUAGCUGCAUCUCUUUCUUGCGCGUAUUGUAAGUAAAGGACGGCACUAAUUUAAGAGCUGUCAAACUAAAAUUAGGUUAUGUUUGCGCCCGAAUUGGCACCGAUGUAUGGAAGAUUCCUUAGUUCUAUUUACUCCCAUGACGGCGCUGUUAAUAUCGUCAUCAUCAUCAUAUCAUCCAAGUCGUGUCCGGUGACGGCGACUCCUAAAUGUCUAUCCCAGGUCGAUGUUAUGAUAGGCUCUAAUGUGGCUAGCAAAACCGAAUAGCUGUUAAUAUACCCAUACAUUGUUACUGGAAUUUGAUGAUGAUACCGUACUAAAUUCGUGCUUAGGCUAACAGGGGUUUUGAAAAUGCCAUAUAAAAGUAAUUCACCUAAGAAAGCAAUAUUGCAGUUUGACAUUUGCGCAAAUAAAAGUUAGUGCGCAAUGCAAACAAAUGUCAAAUAGCUAUUUUGCUUGUUUUAGGUGAAUUGCUUUGAUGUGCCCUUUUUAACCCCCCAGUACACAUAUAGUCAUGCAUGCAUGAGCAAUAUAAUGUAUCCACUUUAGGACUUUGUCGCACUAACAUAUUUGACAUUUAGUGAGACUUACAGUUCAAUUUGUCAAAAAAGUUAAUGUGACAUGGUACCAAAGUGUAUAGAUAUUAAUGCUCGUGACCGUACAUAAACUUAAUUCUGUAAUCCCCAAUGGGAUGGGCAGAGCCACAACUUAACAGACAACUUGCAGCUACUUUUGAUACGAGAUCCUAAGAUGUAAUAAACUUGUCAGUAAUUUUGAUAUUUUGUGCUUGAUCACUUUUAAUAUAAAUAGUUGAAUCUAUGAAAUGAUUUACAAAGUGCUGGGGGCAUGUAUAGAUGUAAAGGAUAUACAGAAAUGCUUCAAGUGUUUCUAUGUAUUUAUUGUCUAGUUUUGAUUCAUUUGUUGUUCUAUGAUGUGCAAACGUUGCGAAAUAAUUGAAGCAUUUUAUAUUUCUCUCAUAUUGUGAAAAUUAUGCUUGUAUAGCGUGGAAGUAUGGAAUUACAAAUAAAUACUGUUAACUGGAGAA